AUGUCUGCCGUCGACGCCCUUACUGAUAACAUGGCUGCUGCCUCCAUCAACGAGACCCCCACCACCAACGGCGCCGCGCCCGCUGCCACCACCGACGCUGCAGUUGCUAGCGCCGACGAGGGCCGUCGUCUGUACAUUGGUAACCUGGCAUAUGCCACCACCGAGGAGGAGCUGAAGGAGUUCUUCAAGGAAUACACCAUCGAGAGCACCUCGAUCCCGGUGAACCCCCGCACUAACCGCCCCGUUGGCUAUGCAUUCGUCGACCUUGUUUCUGCUAACGAAGCUACCGCCGCUAUCGAGAGCCUUUCCGGCAAGGAAAUUCUGGCGCGUAAGGUGUCUGUCCAGCUUGCCCGCAAGCCUGAGCCUGCUGAGGCCAAGGAGGGUGCUGCCAGUGGUGGUGAGGGUGCCAGCGGCACUGAGGGUCGCAAGCGCACUGGCGGUCGGGGUCGGGGCCGUGGUCGCGCUCGUGGCCGUGGUGGUCGCGCUGCUCGCGGUCGUGGUGCUCAAGAGGGUCAGGAAACCGCCGAUGCCACUGCUACCGAGCAGGCUCCUCUGGCUGAGACCACCAACGAGACCGAGGCUGCUGAUGCCGAGGGAGCUAAGCAGCAGGGCAAGCCCCGUGCCCGCACCCAGAAGCAGCGUGGUCCCCCCGAGGACGGUAUUCCUUCCAAGACUAAGGUCAUGGUCGCUAACCUGCCCUACGACCUGACCGAGGACAAGCUCAAGGAGAUCUUCUCCGCUUACGAGCCCAUCGGUGCCAAGGUUGCCUUGCGCCCCAUUCCCCGCUUCAUGAUCAAGAAGCUCCAGGCUCGCAACGAGCGCCGCAAGACCCGCGGUUUCGGUUUCGUCAGCCUCGCCAACGAGGAGCUCCAGGCCAAGGCCGUUAGCGAGAUGAACGGCAAGGAGAUUGAUGGUCGUACCAUUGCUGUCAAGGUCGCCAUUGACAGCCCCGGAAAGGAGGACGACGAUGUCAACGCCGCCGCCGACAAGUACGAGGAGACCACCGCUCCCGCCGAGGAGAAUGCUACCCCCGCCGAGACCCCGGCUGAGGCUUAA